GCCAUUUUCAUAAAACAACCGCAGAUUCAUGAUCAUCCCAGACGAUGAUCACUGAGAUGACUGCUGCCCGGGUCUCUUUGCGCUAUACAAGAUAGCAGAAGAGUCAGGGCUACGAGGCUUUCCUCCGUAAACACAUGAUCAGUAAGAUCAACCACGACCUCACAUCAAGCUCCGUGCCUGUGGAAAUACCGUCAUUCUUGGCUCAUACCGUUGGUCAGGUCAUUCCGUAUCUCCUCUCGAAAUGACGACCGCCGCGGUACAGAUGUCCAACUAUCAGCUGGGAGAUUUGCUGGGUCGGGGUGCCAGCGGGUCAGUUUAUAGGGCCCUCAACUUCCUUACUGGAGAAACGGUCGCCAUCAAGUCCAUUUCCUUGGUCACUCUCUCACCUUCUGCCUUGCCAGAUAUCAUGUCUGAAAUCGACUUGCUCAAAAACUUGAAUCAUCCUAACAUCGUGAAAUACAAAGGCUUUGCUCAAGACAAGGAGAAUCUAUUCAUUGUUCUAGAGUACUGCGAGAAUGGCUCACUUCAGACCAUCUUGAAGAAGUUUGGUAAAUUCCCGGAAUCUCUAGUCGCGGUCUACAUCUCUCAAGUCCUCGAAGGUCUCUUGUACCUACACGAACAAGGAGUCAUCCAUCGAGAUAUCAAGGGAGCGAACAUUCUCACGAACAAGGAUGGAAGCGUCAAGCUGGCGGAUUUCGGCGUCAGCUCACGCGCAGCUGGACCGGUAGUAGACGGAGGAGAUCACGAGGUUGUCGGGUCACCAUACUGGAUGGCUCCUGAAGUUAUCGAGCAGAGCGGAGCCAGUACGGCCAGUGAUAUAUGGAGUGUCGGUUGCGUGGUCGUGGAAUUGCUCGAGGGGAAGCCGCCGUAUGGAAAUCUGGCUCCGAUGCAGGCCUUAUGGAGGAUUGUACAGGAUGAAAGCGUCAAGAUUCCUGACGGAGCAAGCCCAGUGGUAAAGGAUUUCCUAUAUCAUUGCUUUCAGAAGGAUCCCAACCUACGAAUUACUGCAAAAAAGCUAUUGAGGCACCCUUGGAUGCAGUCGGCGAGGAGAAAUCUGGAAGUCGUUUCAACGGCGCCGUUACAGACUCAGUCAAUCCCAGCAUCACCAGCGAGAUCUCCCAAGCAAAGCGGUAUUCGAGCCUUCUCACAAGCUGACUCUCUGCGCCGAAGCAGUAAUAGUACGAAGCGAGAAGCUGCCGGCGGGGAGACGAUAAGGCCAAAAAAGCCCAUGACGGUGUACGAUGAAGCCGUUCAGAGGGUUCAGGAAUGGAACGAAGCGCUCAAUGCGUCCCCAAAGGCCCUAGGAACAGUAAGACGAUUGCCCGCUUCUACAUCCAACCCCUCAAAACGGACCGUCAAUCGAUCCCGAGGGGAUAUUGGCCCUCCUCUCAACAUUUUUGGCUUCCCGGCAAUGUCAUCGAGAUCUUCAAAUGAGUCAGUAGCGGCACAAGCAUCCGGCUCCUCCAAUCCGUCACCGGCUCAUGGCUCAAGCAAUCCAUCGACGGGCUUGGUCCAAAAAACUCAGCACGUUAGCAAUGUUAUGCAAAGACAGCGGGAGGUCCAAGGAGAGACUUGGGAUGACGAUUUUGCUGCUGAUAUCUCGCUUUCGAGACUGAAUCCACACCGAGAUGAAGCCCUGACAUCCGAGGAAAGGGAUCAAAAGACCCUGAAACCAUCACCUUCCCGGCAUUCACCUCCUGACGUCCGGCCACUCUCAACCAAGCUAAGCGCCUCGACGUCCUCUCGCAUCGUCUCCGAGGGCGAUAUCGAGGAUUAUUCCGAUCUCGCCACAUUCGAAGCGGAUGCUGCUCUUCAGAGCAAAUUAGCGAGUCUCAAGAUCAAGCACAACCCGAAGCGAGGGAUAUUGCAUCCUGACGAUCUUCAAUCUGUGAAAAAGCUUCACAGUUCUCUGACGCCAAGGCCAGGUAUUUCGAAAGCUCAAAUAGCAUCUGCGACUGUCACUGCUAGGUCCAUGCCUCCUCCUCCUUUGCCUCCUCAGCGAAGCCAGUCUACACCGAGCAAAAUUAAAACCACUCCGGCGACUUUGUCACCUUCCACUUCUGGGCUGUCGAGCACUCAGUCUCCUCGCCCCGCGUUAUCACCCAUGGGGUCUCGUCAAAACUCGCUUCGAAGCAAAGCUGAUUUGACGGAGAGUCAGAAGGAAUUGGCAAAAUAUACCGAAAUGGACGAUGAAAACUAUGAGGACAUGUUCGAUGCCUCUCAGGUCCAUUCAACCCUUGGCAAAAGCACCACGAAUUCGCUGCAAAUGGUCAAAAGAGCAAACCACUCUUGGUCCACCGAUGACGAUGACCAUGAUCCAUUCGCUGAAAUCGAGGAUGACUUCUCCGGAGGCGAGGACAAUCUAGAGGUGCAACUGCUCCGGGACAAAAAAGCCACUUUGUGCGCCAGCGUCAACAGAAUUGUGGAUGUCUUAGAGCCGUCGACUCCAGCCUCGGACUUACAGCAAGCAUGUGAUGAGCUUCUGGCUAUGUUCGAGGGAUCGUCAGGCAUGGGACUAGAAGGACAUUUUGUCUCGAGUCACGGAAUGAUGGCCGUAUUGGAACUUCUCGAGUCGCGCUUGAGCCGUGAAGUGGUCGUGCGGGUACUCAAGAUUGUGAAUUUUGUCGUCAUUAAUGAUGUGGACGCUCUCGAAGCCUUUUGUUUGAUUGGUGGCAUUCCCGUGAUUCUCCCAUACACGUCCAAGAAAUAUGCCCUCGAAACACGAAUCGAAGCCUCUUCGUUCAUCCAACAAUUGACCCAGUCUGCCCUGACUCUGCAGAUGUUCAUUUCAUGCCGAGGCCUCAGGAUACUGGUCGAGCUGCUGGACGAAGACUACGCGGAAAACAAAUUUCUGAUCCUAUCAUCGUUGGAGGGGAUUGGGAGCGUCUUUGACCUUCAGUCACCAACUCCGCGCAAUGACUUUUGCAGGAUGUUCGUCCGAGAGGGUAUCCUUGAUCCGCUCUCCAGCGCCUUGCUCGCCAUUCUCAAGGACAAGGAAAUUGAAGGCGAUGAACCCUCAACGCGAGCUGUCAAUGUGCUGCUGCUGUUCUGUCAAGUGGCACAGGCGGACGGCCGCGUGCGCGAUGCCUUUGCAUCUAGGACUGUCAUGAUACGUUUGCUGAAAGCAAGCGAGGCGCUGCCGCGCAAGCUGCUCGCAACCGCAAUUAAGGCCAUCAAGCAUCUCUCUACCAGUCCUCAAUUGAUCGAGAUUCUGCAAAAUUCCAAUGCUAUGGAGGUCUUGGUGUCUUUGCUAGGCAGCAAUAUCAAAGGCGCCCAUGCCAAUGAGAUCUGCUCUCACAUCUUCCAAACUAUUUACAGCAUGACCCGAUUGUCGAAAGCCCGUCAAGAAGAAGCUGCUUCCAGCGGUAUCAUUCCUCUUCUCAAGAAGGUGAUCCAAAGCAAAUCGCCAUUAAAGCAAUUCGCUCUACCCAUCUUGUGCGACAUUGCAAAUGCUGGCAAAGUCUCGCGCCGAUUGCUUUGGCAGAAUCAUGGCAUCAAGUUGUAUCUCGACUUGCUGGAAGAUCCCUAUUGGCGUGUCAGUGCUUUGGACGCGCUGCUGGCGUGGAUGUCGGACGAGACCGCGAGGGUCGAAGAUGUCAUCCUAGAUAAAUCUGCCUCCGAGUCGAUCGUACAAGCCUUUGUACAGGCCACAGGCGUCUCUUUCGAAGGGAUCCUUGAUCCCCUCUUAAAGAUACUGCGUCUAUCGACAUCUGUGACGUCUGCAAUCUCGACGACACCAUUCUUCCGUCGCUUGUCGGAGUCCUUAUCUCAUCCCAGCAAAGCCGUGGUCAAGCUCAACCUCUUACGUCUGACGAGGGUUGUCUGCGACAAUCAUCCGGACCGAGCGACGCUCGUGGCUCGCUUCGAUCUAGCCAGGAUCGUGGAUCGUCUAGUGCAUCAAGAUGAAGCCAUUCUAGUCCGACAACUUGCCAAGGAGAUCUAUCCGACAUUGAUUUUCGGUCCGCCGAGCGAUCAACCGAGUUCUGUCAAAAGUGCGAGGUCGGCAGCUAUUGCCUCGAGUCAGACCUCUCUCGCCGCUACGUCGGCAUCUCUUAGCGCCAGUACGGAUCCGCGUGUGGACCCUAAUAGCCGGUCGAGAACCUCGAGCACUAUGAGAAGAACGACGAGCGACAACGGCGUGUCCCCGAAUGUCUUGAUGGACAGUCGAUCAACGAUAGAAAUGGCGCCGCCGAAAGCUCUGAAAACACCGAUAGCAAGGGACAAGAUCCAUUCGGCGCUAAAUCAGGCCACUAUGGUCUCUCUGAGAGAUCAAGGAGAUGAAGAUGUGAAAAGCAAACAUAAGCGAAAAAUCUCACGAAGUCAAUUGCGCGAUGUGCAAUGGCAGCAGGAUGAGAACGGAAAUCUCAAGAUCCUGCGAACACCUUCUCGUCAGUCUUUCAAGUCCAAUUGAUGGCUUGAGUGCUAGAUCCAGCACUACCAGUGUCAUCUCUGUCCAUAUAAUGAAGCAUAGCACGACCGCAACGAGACACGAGGCAAGAGACCGACCAUGACACGACAUGAUGGCAAUGCAUGAGGG